GCGAGGAAGCGGGUUACUCCUCCAGCAGCCGGCGAGUUCGUUUGAAGAAGCUGAGUUGAGCAAGGCCUGAUUUAUCACGAGGUUUGUUUGUUUGAUUUUGAAAUGGUUGACGCAGUGAUUGAUAGAGUACAGUGAAACGAUUAAUUUUCUUCGAAUAAACCUCCGACGUUAGCGAUCGGCCGGUGCGCGAAAGAAUGGACGCAAGAAUAGACAGCAAUAUGGAGGAUGCCGUCAGAGGGAUAGAUGAGUUGUCUGACGCUGAAAGGCAACAAUGCUGGAGUGGUCUACAUGACCUUCAAAUGAAGACGGCGAAUGCCCGUGUCAAAAUCCAAAUAACCGCAGACAGUUUUCGUGCAGCGGCUGAUAAACUGGAUCAAGUAUGGCGGGACUGUAAGAUAGCACAUGCUGCUGGAACAACUGGUGGAAUAAUUUCGGGUUGCCUCGCCCUUGCAGGUGUAACAGUAAUGACGGGAGGUGCUGCCACGCCAUUUCUGUUGGCUGGACUGGGUUUUGGAGUCGGCGGGGCUGUCACAAAUAUCGGGACAAGCUGUGUGGAGGCUUCCAUAAACUCUUCUGAAAUAGAGAAAGCUGAAAAACUCUGGAGGGAGGCUUUAGACAGUAUCAACGUUGUUACUACGACUGUACAGAGUUGGCUGAAUAAGAAAGAGAUGGCGAGGAUUGGUUACAUUCUGUACCUUGCAGAAGCCUUCGAGUUUGUCGACCCCGUCCUGCUGAACCUGCUUCAUGAUAUGGUAUCCACUGCUUUCGGGAUUCCCAUCAACAUACUGAAAAAGUUAUCUGCCGCUGCAGCCCCGUCGAAGGCCGGAGCAAAACUCUUGACAGAAGUCGGUGCACAGGGGGGAAAAGGAAUAGCCCAACUAGCUGAUGACGCAGCACAAGUAGGAAAGACAGGAUUGCAAGUGGCUGAUGACAUGGCUCAAGUGGGAAAAGCAGGACUGCAGGCUUCUGAUGACGUGGCACAAGCAGGUGCCAAAGCAGGGUCCAAGUCGGCAGGGAAAUAUGCUGGUAAAGUCUUGAUUGCAGCCAACAUUGCAUUCCUGAUGGUGGAUUGCAUAGACCUUGGAUUCACGGUCAGAGAUCUUGUUAAAAACAAAGGAUCCGAGGCAGCAAAAGAUUUGAGGAGGAAGGCAAAGCAACUCGAGGAUUUACUCAAGAAGUGAAACAGGCAAGGAACUCUGAUGAAUAGACGUAAAUAAGACUCUUUCAGAUAAGAAACAUUCAAUUAUUGACUCUCAGUUUCAGUAUAGUGAUUAAAUGUUCUUAAAUUACUUAAACACAAAACACUACCAGUAACGUACAGUCAUGUAAAGAGAUACAAAUGAUGGAAUCAAUGUCACUAAGUUUCAAAGCUUUUUUGUACUAACUGCAUAGAGAACCUUUGCGAUGAACCCAGUCCUGUUCGAGCUGUCCAGACAUUUUCGAAGGUUUUCCACUUAUUUCGUAAGCCGUUCCGAAUAUUUCAAAGGUGUCCUGGUGAGUCUACGCCAAAUUGUCAGAAGUAAUCUCCCCUCCAUGUUCGAAGGUUUCCAUCAGUUGUAUGGUGUGUUCUCAGUUAAGAUCUUAUUGAUUGGAAUUUCUCUUGAUUCCCCGUACAUUUCUUGAAAACUGCGUCAAUUAAGGCUGGGAUAGCUCGAGUUCUUAUCUCUAGAUGUACUGGCUUGGUCAGCCGCCAUAAGCUGACAUGAUGUAGGAAUCUUUAAUCCUUUAAAUCCCAGGACUGAUUGUUAAUUCUCCCCUUUAGCUGCUCAACAUUUCCUUGUAAAU